CCUCCCAAUCAUGUGACUCAGGUGCUCCAAUCCCCUCCCUAUCAUGUGAUUCAGGUGUUAAAAUUCCCUCCAUAUCAUGUGAUUCAGGUGUUCCAAUCCCCUCCAUAUCAUGUGAUUCAGGUGUUCCAAUCCCCUCCAUAUCAUGUGAUUCAGGUGUUCCAAUCCCCUCCAUAUCAUGUGAUUCAGGUGUUCCAAUCCCCUCCAUAUCAUGUGAUUCAGGUGUUCCAAUUCCCUCCCAAUCAUGUGAUUCAGGUGUUCCAAUCCCCUCCAUAUCAUGUGAUUCAGGUGUUCCAAUCCCCUCCAUAUCUUGUGAUUCAGGUGUUCCAAUCCCCUCCAUAUCAUGCGAUUCACGUGCUCCAAUCCCCUCCAUAUCAUGUGAUUCACGUGCUCCAAUCCCCUCCAUAUCAUGUGAUUCAGGUGUUCCAAUCCCCUCCCAAUCAUGUGAUUCAGGUGUUCCAAUCCCCCCCAUAUCAUGUGAUUCAGGUGUGUCCAAUCCCCUCCAUAUCAUGUGAUUCAGGUGUUCCAAUCCCCUCCAUAUCAUGUGAUUCAGGUGUUCCAAUCCCCUCCAUAUCAUGUGAUUCAGGUGUUCCAAUCCCCUCCAUAUCAUGUGAUUCAGGUGUGUUCCAAUCCCCU